CCGUAAAACGCGUUUUUUCUAGGGAAUUCCCUAGGGACAUGUCGGGCAAAAAUCCCUCCACCCGGGCCCUAAUGACACGAAUGACAUGAAUCACAGCCCCGACACGAAAAAAUGAAAACAAAGAAAAAACAAAUUGGCAGCAAAAAAAAUCAUUCAGAGGCAAUGACCAUGUUAUAUGAUGACAACGCCAAUUUAAUUGAAAAAUACAAUUAUUUAUCUGUGUAUUGUCAAAAUGAUGAAUUGGAGAUUGACUAUGGGUAACCUCAAAAUAUAUAAAAAAUCAAGUAUUUCUGUGAUUUUAGAAUAAAUAUUCGAUCUCUGUGACAGUUAAUACUCACAGGUAUAUAUUGCAUGAAGCCAGAUUUACAAACAAUACUUUUCUAUUACUGUCGAUGAAUGGAGAAGAAAAGCUAAUGGAAUGAAACAAGAUGUUUCUGGUCCAGUUUGACAUCACGUUCUAUAUAUAAUCAUUAUAUAUAUGUACUGCAAUAAUCACGUGAUCCACGUGGCCACCGCGAAUAGUCAAACAAAAUUAUCGAAAAAAAAGAAUUUUUAUCUUAUCAAGGAGAUGUCUACGACGUCUAGAGAUUUUUCUCUACCUACUGAGUGUUAAACGUUUGUCAAUUGAGAGUGCAUUCAAUUGAGACGCAAUCUGUUAUUAUUGCUGCAUCAAGAGCACUAUUUUAAAUAUAAAUUUAGAAAAUAACAAAAUGUCUGCUGUAACUGGAGAUAGUAUAGGCCUUUUUGGACAGGCCAUUAUUCAAAUUGGUGCUGGUGGAUCUGCUGGUUUCGUUGAAGUUUGCAUAAUGCAUCCAAUGGAUCUUGUGAAAACUCGAAUGCAAUUGCAGGUGAAGUCGAGUGUCAAAAAUUCGAUGUAUUACACAGGAGUUCUAGAUUGUAUGAAAAAAAUGUACACACAUGAGGGAUUGAGCUCGUUCUGGAAAGGCAUUGUUCCACCGAUUAUCGCAGAAACACCCAAAAGAGCUGUUAAAUUCUUCACCUUUGAGCAGUACAAAAAAUAUUUUCUGUGGGGAGCUAGUGCCCCAACGCCUCUGACAUUCGCCUUAGCUGGAUUUUGCGCUGGUGUGACAGAGGCGAUAUUGGUGAAUCCCUUUGAAGUUGUCAAAGUCCAAUUACAAUCAAAUCGUCAAAGGCUGAAGAACACCCCAUCUACAUUCUCUGUAACGCGGGAUAUAAUAAGAAAAAAUGGUUUAGGACUCGAUGGUUUGAAUAAAGGGUUAACAGCCACUGCCAUGAGGAAUGGAGUAUUCAAUUCUUUUUACUUUGGUUUUUAUCACUCUGUCAAAGGCUACAUACCUCCCAAUAAAGAUCCUUGGGUCGAAUUCUUCUCAAAGGUAGGUUUAGGAUUUGUUGCGGGCACGACAGCUUCGUGUCUUAAUAUACCAUUCGAUGUGGCGAAGAGUAGAAUACAAGGUCCACAAAGUGAUAUAAAAUACAAGGGAACGUUACGAACGAUGAAAAUUAUCUACCAACGAGAGGGGUUUCUUGCCCUGUACAAAGGAUUAUUACCGAAGGUACUUCGAUUGGGUCCUGGUGGAGCCAUUAUGCUCGUCGUUUAUGAUUACAUGCACGCAUUUUUGUCAUUUCACAUGAUUAAUUGACUUAUGACUUGAUAUUUCUU